AUGGAGGUCGAGUCAGGGUCCGUCUCCGGACAUAAACAAGCUGCAUGUCUGACUUGCAGGCGGAGUAAGAUCCGUUGUAAUCGCUUGGCAGGCGAGACCCAGUGCGAAAAAUGCAAGCAAUCCAAUACAGAGUGCAUAGUGCCCAAUCAUCACCUCGGUAGACAAAAGGGUGUCAAGAACAAACGUAAGGGCUUGGAGAAAGCCAUCCAUCAAAUUGAGCAGGCCAUCAAGAGGCCCAAGGUCGAUGCAUCCGAAAGCGAGGAUGCCCAAAGGGCCAUUUCUGGUUUGCAGGAACUACUCAAUCAGGUUCAAGGCCAGCUGCAGAAUGACCAUGGUCUUUCCGAGACAGAGAACCUGCAUGAUUUGCCUUCUCCACAUGCUGCGCAUGAGAGCUUGACUCUGGAUGAUGCCGAGAAUCCAUUGCAGUUGCUUGCGAGGGCUUCUGAUCUUCAACUUUCUCCUACUGGGGUGCGACACGUGCCUAAAUCUCCGAUGCCUUUACCGGAGGCUUCAGUACUCUCCUCCUCCGAACCAAGCGCCAAGUCGUUCUUCGUUCCGGCACGAGCGAACUUGGACGUUGGUCCUGAUAAUGAUCCCGUUGAUCUGGGGCUCGUCACAUUUGAUGAGUCAGAGUCUUUGUUUUCUUUCUUCUAUCAAAAUCUGGCACAUACUCGAUGGGGCCUCGAUCCUUUGGUACACACCCCGUCAUUCGUGCGCUCUCAAUCGUCCUUUCUUUUUACCUCGAUCAUGGCCGGUGCGGCUUUGUUUCUUUCUUCCGCUGCGGCCUUGUCAAAGAGACUCUCCCGGCAUUGCAAAUGGCUUGCGAAGCGAGUGAUUACCAACCGCCACAGAUCUGUAGAGAUUGUUCUGGCUUUCAUGGUGAACGUUCCAUGGAUGUCCCCGGGCGAUAGCCUGGGGGACGAUGAUACUUGCUCCUAUAUUGCGAUGGCCCUUACCGUUGCUUUGGAUUUAUCCUUGAACAAGAUUGUUUCGCCGUCUUCAAGCUUUGACCAAGGACUCUUGAACCGCCUGGCCCGGGCGGAUUGUAUAGACGCUAAGCGGGCCUUGCAUAUGGAUGGGUUUGAUGAUGUUGAUCCUUCCUCGGAAUGGGGGCUUCGCUUGCUGCGAAGACGCGAAAGAGCAUGGAUUGCAUUAUACGUUGUUGAGAGGGGUGUAUGCCUUGCACGCGGUCGAAGCUAUACCGUUCCAUCAACAGCGCUUAUCAAAAACUGUGACCACUGGCAUCUGUCAAAUGUGGCAGAUCGUCGUGAUGGAUCUAUGAAUUCCAUGGCAGUUCUUCGAAGAGACCUUAAAACCAUCGAAACUUUUUACGAACGAUGGUAUUCGACAUGGGCCUUGGCGAUUGGGGAAGGGGAAACCCGUUCCCUACCUCCAUAUGUUGAAAUUUUAGUCACGCACACACAGUUAUCUACCUACGGCGGCGUUAUCAAUCACCCAACAGCCCCAAUUGAAGUCAAACGAUUCUUCCGAGCAGCUGGCUUGUCCUCCGCCCUGAAUGUUCUCCGAGCCGCCACUCAAGGCGAGUCGCGACUGAAAUCAAUGCCGAACAACACAGUGAUAAUGAUCUCCUUCGCCGCAUGCUCCGCUCUCAGCCUCAGCGUCACACCCGGCGAUAGCAGAUCUAGCUUAGCACCAAGCGUGCGCAAUCUCAUUGAAGAGACAGCUGGCGUGCUAGAGAGAAUUGGGGCAACCCCGAGCCACAGAAGUGGUGCCUCUGUUCUUUACGGAAGAUUCUUGCGGGAACUAAUCAGACGGGCACCGGUCUUGACUUCUCAACGUCGAUCACAUCCUAGAGUCGAUCCACCCGACAUUGCUCUUCCUGGUUUGGAACAAAUCCCGUCCCGGGUUCUACCCCAGGAUAUUUGGUCUGAGCCAAUGCAUUUCUCGGCCAUGUCUGAUCAUCAAAUUGUCGAUGCGGUUAAUCGAGCUGGUACCGCGUUUGGUGAAUCGAUUCCUGAUGUGCCUCUUGAUGAUAUGCUCAAUUGGGAUUGGCUUGAUUUUGCCAAUACUGAUUUCAAUUUUUGA